AUGGCGACUAUCAUUGGGACGACUGUUUUGAGGAGGACAACUAGAAAUCUUCGACCGCUUUCAAGGUUAUUGUCAACGGAAACGCACCUCAAAAUAAAACUGGAACCAUACGAACUUACUCACGAGACAAUUUUCAACGAGGAUCAUGCAGAACUUCGCGCAUCGCUCAACAAAUUUAUCCAGAAAGAGAUUAACCCUUUUGUGGACGAGUGGGAAAAUGCCAAGAGUUUUCCCGCCCAUGAAUUGUUUAAAAAGAUCGGAUCUGCAGGGUUCUUUGGUGUGAACAAACCCACUAAGUAUGGUGGACUCGGGCUGGACUAUUCGUUCAGUGUGGCUAUGGCAGAGGAGUUAGGUGAGAAACGCACGUACACAAUUGAACACCACAGGGAGGGCAGAGGAUUUUGUCUUAAAAUUUGUUGAAGGGAAAGGGGUCAAAGGGGGGAUGCUAAUUUUUUAGAAAGAGUUUUGAAAGAUUAAGUGUUUCUAACAUUAUUGUAAACCACUUCAAAAUUAGCCUCCCACGCAGGCGUUUUUAGGGGAGCUCGUCUUUCAUCCCUCCCCACAAUUGCCUGCUCAACCGAAGACAACAUUCCUUUCCCAAGCUUAGCCAAUCACAUUGUACUUUCCAAAUUCUGGAAGGUUGACCUUGACUGCAGGAUAAUUACUUGAUCUGCAUGGAACACUGAGAAAGCUUUCUUACCUAUAAUAAAAUGUUAGGGGAUGUUUACAUGAGAAAACUCAUACUGGGGCGAGUUUCGUACUGGAAUGACUUUUUUAUUUUGUAUUGUGUUUACAUUAUGACUGUGUCAUUUCAUAUCUUGUUAUUUGAAGGCACACUUCAUGUUGAUAAAAUACACGUAAGAUUCAAAAUUGCAGACAUUACGUAUACGCUACCCAGGCUGGUCUACCAUCAGACCGAUUUCACACCGAAACAUGUGGUCAUUUCGCAUUUACAUGAUACCGUUGCAAGAUUUCGUGCUGAAGUGAAAUUCUCGCCCCAGAACAACAACCAGGGGUGAACUUACGCCGGGGUGACUCACGCGGUGGUGGUAUCAUGUAAACAAAGGUAGAGCCAUGAGAGGGAACCGGAGUGGACUCACUCUGGAGUGAAAGUCACCCCGGUGUCAUGUAAACACCCCCUUAGAUUCAGAGUGGCAAAAGUAAUAUUUAGUCAAAUUUUAGAAUACUCCAUGCACUGCAUAACCUUAGCAAAGGAAAGAAAAGAAUGGAAAUAGUAGCUCCAGGGUCACAUUUUAGCCGUGUUUAGCCUGUAAACACUUUAUUCACACCUGUUGAUUGGUCACUUACCAUGCAUAUAAAACAAUGGGAAAGGAGAGAUUUUUUCAGUUGAGAAGGCGUUUGUAGGGAGGGAUGAAAAACGAGCUCCCCUAAAAAUGCCUGCAUGGAAGGCUACCACAAAAGGGAAGUUCCCUAUUUUCUAGUUCAGUGAAGGAUGUUUUUAUUAUUAAUGCACUAAACUGCAAUGUCCUUUACUUUGUGAUGUGGCUUAAUGUAAUUUCGGCAAAGUUAACCUCGAAGCAAUGCUGUUCAGCAGUUUCCCAAGCUAUACUAGGGGUGGCCCGAUGCCUCUAGCAGGGGCACCUCGUGACUUAUAUACGCAGUUGCUUGCUUGCAGUUCUUUGCAAAGUGUUGUUGCAAUAGCUUGCUGUUUGCAUGCCAUUUUGUGCUUUGGUUUUUGCUUGUUUGCUGUUUCCGCUUUACAAUGACUGCUCGUCAAACCAACAGUAGUUUGGCUGCUAGUUUGGAUGGGGAGAACUUGCCAUCGGAUACCGUUCUGCACGCAGAGUCGUCUGUUCCUUUGUCGCUCGCUUCUGCGGCAAACUCGGCGCGACAAACAUCUUCAACAGUUUCCGCCCCAGUUGUUGCUGCUCGUGUCCAUGAUCCCGCUCUAAUCGCUGUAAUCAUCGAUGCUGUUAAGGUCUCUUUAGUGGCAGAAAAAGGCCCUGGCUCUACCUCAAGCAAUUUGCAUGGAAAUUCAAUUAGCGUGGAGCUACAAACAGCUUCUGGGGGCGUUCCCACCCCAUCACCCAGCUUGUCCUAGCAAACGGCGACCUUUUUAGCUUCUGGAGGCACCUUUCCAGCGCAUCAGGCAAUAUCUUUACCUUCAGCCACUCAAGGUAGGCCUAAUUUUACUGUACCAUCCUUUGUUGCCACUUUUGCAAUCCUGCGCUUGCCGAUUUUAAGCACUUCGAUCACGGCGGGUGCUUCUGUCCCGGUACGACUCAGCGACAGCUCCUUGGCUGCAAGCCUGCCAUCGGGACCGUUACUCCAACAGCCGUUUGUAGUUGGCCCCUGUUUUUUCACCAAUUCCGGCGAAAACGGUUUGCCAAAUUGUUGCUGGCAAGUAUGUGGAUUUUGGGGACUUGCUAUCAGUCAAUAUCGUUCAGACUGCGCGGGAGUCAGAAGCAUUCCUGGAUGGGAGCUUAGUGUUUCUGCCAAGCACUAAAAAGCAACGCCGACGCAUCAAGGACAUCGUGACCUGGUCCGAAGCUUUUACAAUUUUCACGCUGAUUCUGACAUCGUAUUUUCCACACCACUGGAAAGAUUUAACUUCCUAAAAGCUUCUCAUCCUGCACACGUACCGCCAGUUCGGUGGUCGUGGUUGGCUGGCAUACAAUCAUUCCUUCUCCAUAACCACUGCCUUUCUGAUUUGUUACGUUAUUUGGAUAACUUUAUUACCGUAGGUCCCCCACAGUCGUCCCAGUGUGCUUAUAACCUAAAGACGGCAGUCUCUGUCUGCCACCGGCUGGGGUUGCCUCUUCAUGCUUACAAAUUUGUGGGUCCAGCCACUUCUAUGACCAUCUUAGGAAUUGAAUUGGACUCCGUUAACCAAGUGGCUCGUCUUCCUGAGGACAAAUUGCUUGCACUAAGAGACCUCAUUCAUUCCUGGAUGCCCUGUCGCUGGUGCAGAAAGUGGGAAUUGGAGUCCCUUAUUGGCCAUUUACACCAUGCUGCUAAGGUAGUUUGGCCAGGGAGAGCCUUUCUCCGUCGGUUUAUUGACUUACUGUGCUGCUUCCGUAACAAGGGCCAUCCCGUUCGGAUCAACCAGAAAUUUUGUCUUGAUCUUCAGUGGUGGCAGCAGUUUCUAUCUUCUUGGCAUGGAGUUGGGUUUUGGUUGUACCCCAGCAUGCCUGCUGCCACAUAGUUGGAGGUCACUUCGGAUGCAGCAGGUGCGAUUGGCUUCAGUGCCUAUCCUAGGGGCCAAUGGUUUUAUGGUGCCUGAUCAACAGUGCAGGCCAGGCAAUCUAUCGCAUACUAAGAACUCUUUCCUGUGGUGAUUGCUGCUCACCUUUGGAGAUCUUAGUGGGCCAGGAAGCAUGUCCUUUUUCGAUCAGAUAACGAGGCAGUAGUCGCAAUUCUCACGACCAGGACUUCAAAGGUUCCAGCUUUAAUGCACCUUCUCCGUGAUCUUCUGCUCUCAGCGGCGCGUUGGGGUUUUACUUUCACUGCUGCUCAUAUUCCUGGAGUUGAGAACAAAAUUGCUGAUGCUAUCUCUCGUUUCUGUUGGCAGGAUUUCAGGCAGCUGGCUCCGGAGGCUCAUUUGUCCCCUUGUCCGAUUUCUCACCUCCUGCUUGACAGCUUAACACCUCCUCCCUGGAACAAUGAUGCUUACAUUUCUUGGCCGAGGGUCUGGCUCCUUCCACCUGGAAAGCAUAUGUAUCAGGUCAGUGCAAGUUCGUCGAGUUUUGCUGCCAAGCUGGAAAGCUUCACCCCAAUGGCUUGCCUUGCCGUGCAGAUGAGUGGACUUUAUGUUUGUUUGUUUCAUUUCUGGCAGAUUCAAUUCAGCAUUUGUCAAUUAAAGUAUAUUUAUCUGCAGUUCGCUCCUUGCACAUUGAGUAAGGUUUUCCUGACCCGUUGCUUAAUUGCCUGCGGCUUCAACGAGUGUUAAGAGGGUUCAAGCGUUCCCAAGGUUCCCCAGCUGCUCAACGCUUUCCGAUUACUGACAGCCUUCUCUUGGUUAUUCAUCGGGCGUUGGACCUCAAUAUUUUUUAUCAUUGCACCUUUUGGGCAGCCUGCAUGCUGGGUUAUUUUGGUUUUCUCCGUGCUGCAGAAUUUACAGUCCCCAAUUUAGCUAGCUUUUCUCCAGCUAGUGAUCUAUCAGUGGCAGACAUCGCAGUGGAUUCGCUCCAGUCACCAGCCUGCCUCCGUGUUUGGAUAAUAGCGUCAAAAACGGAUCCGUUCCGUCAGGGUUGCCACAUCCAUAUUGGUCUGGGAAGGGCACCCCUCUGCGCAGUUCAGGCUUUGCUGGCUUACCUCUCCUUGCGAGGAAAUGUCCCUGGCCCCUUGUUCUUACUGGCGAAUGGUCAACCUCUGUCUCACUUAAUCCUGACUGAUUGGCUGCGGCAAAUUUUCUCCACCGUGGGAGAAGGCAAUUUUCCCAGCCACAGCUUCCGCAUCGGGGCAACCAUGGUAGCAGCUCACAAUGGUAUUCCAGACCACCAAAUUCAGGAUCUUGGAUGUUGGACUAGCAAUGUUUACCAGCUUUUUGAAGCUCUUGCGGGCAUCUCUUGUCAGCUGGCUUGACAUCGCGUGUCCUUGCCAUUUGUUAUCCACAGCUCCUUUGACAUUGCAGGCGAGUUAAGUACUGAAUUGCCCUGGGCUUGCAGCGCGGUUUUUUGGUGUUGCUCUCACUGUCAGCUGCAUUCCGUUGGUAAGUGUGUUGUCUGUUUUUUUUUUUUUUUAAGCAACUGUUGCAGCCUGGUGCUUGGGGUUGUUGGAGUCGGAGGUUCCAUUUCACCCCAGUUCGCUGGCCUCUCUUUUUUCAAGCACCAAAGAGAUUUCGGUUGGCGGGGGGGGGCGCUAGGGUGCUCGCAGGGUUGCCAUGGAUAGCUCCUCCUCUUGCUAGAGCAUUGCCUGGCUCCACCAACUUUGUAGGCACCAACGCCCAAGCUCAUCUAUUGGUGAUGAGUUUAAAUGUGGCUAAGGGUAAUUUUCCACUGGCUGAGUGUAACGAAUUAAGUGGAAAAUGUUUUUCUCACACACCGCUGGGAGCCUGGGUAUAGGUCAUGUGACUGAAGGGCGGGCAGUUGCUUUUGUUGCGUCCGCGAUUACUGACCUUCCCACCCACCCACCCUAUGAUUUCAGUUUUGUAUGCUGUUAAAUGUACGGUGCAACUUUGUAGUUUUUGUUGGUGUCCUACCUUUCUAAGGUUAUGAUAUGUAUGCAUUUUUUGAGUUUAAAAUAAAGGUCAGGCUGCGGCAGUCGGCUUGGCAUGGCUACCAGUGGUGUGUGAGAAAUGUAAUUUAGGCAAAGUUAACCUCGAAGCAAUGCUGGUCAGCAGUUUCCCCAGCUAUACUAGGGGUGACCCGAUGCCUCUAGCGGGGGCACCUCGGGACUUUUAUACGCAGUUGCUUGCUUGCAGUUCUUCACAAAGUGUUGUUUCAAUAGCUUGCUGUUUGCGUGCCAUUUUGUGCUUUGGUUUUUUGCCAUCCCUCCCUCCCUCUUGAGGUAUGGGCCAGGUAAGUAUUGGUCGUUAAGUACUUCACUGAAUUGUUCAGUGUGACGGUGCCUGGUGGGGGCCGCUGGCAGGGUUGCCAUGGAUACCUCCUCCUCAUGUUAGAGCAUUGCCCGGCUCCACUAACUUUGUAGACACCAAUGCCCAACUAGCCCUAUCUACAUUAUCAUCAUCACCUAUCCUGCUUUCAUAACAUCACGGAUUGUUUUCAUUCUUGUAAUCAUCAUCAUCAUGGUCAUCAUGGUCAUCAUCAAUAAACCCACCUUUCUCACUUUCACAGCUCUUAAAGUUAUGAUUAAGUCCUCAGCUUCUAUGUUUGCAUGAUUUAAACCACCUUCCAUAGCUUAAAAUGGUCAGCAAUAUGUUGGUUUGUUCAAGUCUCUGCAGUUACGCUGCAAUCAGAAUGAUAUACUUGACUACAGGUCGAGCAUGGUUCUGUAAUCAAAAGUGACCAUAUGCAAAUUCCCAUCAAGUUGAUCCCAAAUCUUUAGAAAGCUUCUUUGAUUUACAUCAUGGAUGAAAUUUCUUUGAUAUUUCUUACGAUUGUGGUGGCCUUUAUGGAUAUGGACUACAAUGUCUGAAGAAAGCUUUCCUUCUAUUUAGCCACAAUUGGUAGCUGGCUGAAAAUAUGCUUGUUUGAGUCAAAAGACGACAUAGUUUUCUGUACGGAACCUGAAGCUUUCCAUGGAGUAUGCAACUGAUCUGAGUCGGAGCUAAUUCAAAAUAAAAUUUUGUUUUCUUUGUUCCCUAUGCUUACAUUAUUGUCUCAUUAAUAUUCAUAUUUUCGAUUAUCUGGACUAUUUACUGAAGUCCCAAUGAGUCCGGGUAUCAAGGUUCAACUGUAAUGAGUCUGACAUGCUGUAUCUGUUACUAUGUUAUGUUAGUUUCUUCAUUAUUUGUCGCUAACAGGAAUAUAGGGCUGUCACUAAGAUUUUAUUAAGUUGCCAGGUAAUGCAAUAAGUGAGUGGUGAAUUGAACAGCUAGGGAUUUUUUGUGCUUUCAUUUUCCUGAUGUUCCCUGUGAAAGUAGCUGGGUUUUAUGCUCAUAUUGGGCAGGGGAAAUCCCUGGCCCCUGGCCCUUAAGUGACUGCCCUGUGAAUAGUUAUCUUUGUUUUGAUUGAAACAUCAGGAAGCAUCACAUGUGGAGCCAUUCCCAUGGCAAUAGGGGUCCAGGCAGAUAUGGCAACUCCUGCACUGAUGAGAUUUGGCAGUGAAGAACUUAAGAAACAGUUCCUUGUUCCAACCAUAGCUGGUGAUUUUGUGGCUUGCCUUGGAGUGAGUGAGCCUGGGGCUGGCUCUGAUGUUGCAAGUAUAAAGACUGUUGCUGUUAAAAAAGGAGGUAAGAAUGUUUUUUUUAAUGUAAUAGUACGCAAAAAAAACACAUACAGAAUACUGUAACAGCCACUUUUUCACUGCAUAUCUAUGUUUACCUGAAAAAUCCUUAAGUGUAUUAGUUUUUCGCUCUGUUUUCAGGCUCCUUAGUGUGCUAUUCACCAACCCUUCUGAUAGGUGCAAAAAUUAUUGGAAAAUCAAUAUGCAAUAUUUACAGGAGUUCACGUCAUACAGCAAAAAGGCCUUUAGGUGGCACAUUGUGAUUUCUAAGGAAUAGGCUUCCCAUCUUAUUACCAUUAUUAGAUUCACGGAGGUCUUUAUGGGCUCUUACUUGACAUUCCAGUUAGCAAAGUAUACUGUACCUGUAAGUUAGGGUAUAUCUGAUCCACUGAAUUGCCUGUCUGUUAUUUAAAAAUCCAGCUUCCAUGUAAAUUUCACUACAAAUAAAACCUCAGUCUGCUAUUGAAAGCACUUGAAUUAAUUAAAGAUCUGAUUAAGAACCUAAGCAGCCUGAUUUCCCUCAAAGCACCCAAUGUACGUUUACAAAAACCUGUUUUUUUGCUGAAUGCACGUGUUUGCCAUAUACAAUUUCUUUUGUACUGAUUCUUAAAUAUUGUGCAAUUUUCCUGUAGUGUGUAUCUUGCCUAUUUGGUAUACUAAUUUAUAUUACUUAAAACAGAUGACUAUGUUAUAAAUGGAAGCAAGUUGUGGAUUACAAAUGGCCUUCAAGCUGAUUGGAUAUGUCUUCUAGUUAAUACAAGUGAGGGUCCUGCUCAUAAAAACAAGUCUUUAAUCUGCGUUCCUCUCAAUCUACCUGGAGUACAAAAGGCAAGAAAUAUAAACAAGCUCGGUAUGCACUCUUCGGACACCGCAGAACUAUUCUUUGAAGAUGUCAAAGUGCCGCAGUCUUACAGAAUUGGCAAGGAAGGGAUGGGUUUUACCUAUCAGAUGAUGCAGUUUGUUGAUGAGAGAGUAUUUGCUGGGGCAUCAGGUAAAAAUUGAUCAUUAAUUUGUAAUGCUAGCUUUAUCAUCAAUACAUAAAAUUUCUAAAAAAAGAACAGUGUAAGCUUCAAACGUACAAUACUAGAUAAACCAAAGUGAAAUAUACUUUUGUUAAUAGAUGUUGGUCUUUUGUACCUAUUUUUAUCAAGGUUUCAUUGCACACUGAACUUUAAUUUGGAUUAUUUAACUUCUUUUUUGAGAUAAAUAUUAGCGAUAAAAAAUCACGACGUUUCGACCUCUCCGAGGUCAUUUUCAGGUGUAUAAAAGUUCUCUAAAUUAGCAUAAAUAAGUUAAAAACAAGUUAUAAUAGAUAAAAAAUGUGGUGAACGCUAAAAUGUGAUAAAAUAUGUAAAAAUGUAAAAAGUGCUAAAAAUAUUUAUAAAGUCAAAAAACAAUGGAAAUAAAACAAUGUUAACAAGAACUACUCUAAAGAAAUAAUUUGGCGCGAAUUGAAUCGCACUGUUUGUUAAGCGUCGGUUUCAGUUCUUGGAUAAAAAAACAUUUCAAAAAUAAGGCAGUCAAAUUUGUUCUAACACUUUCUUAAGAUUCUAAAACUUUGUGCGAUGUCUUCAGGCUCCAUAUCAUGCUGCUCUCUGAGGUGGUUUGCGAUUGCCGAUCCUUUGUGUUCUUCAAUUCGUUGGUGUAGGUGUCGGCACGUGUAGCCGACAUAGCCUGCAUCACACAGGCUACACUGGAAAGAGUACACCACGCAUUGUUGACUCACAAGAGGCGGCUUGUCUUCUUUGACCUUAAUUUCAUCUUUGAUCUUCCUACUUGUGUAAACUGGGCUGAUGUCUGCGUUGAUCUUCCUACUCAGGUCAGCCAGCUGUUUACGUACUACGUUUGCUGAUUUCUGGUCUUUGAAGGGCAACACGAUUCUGUUCGGGGCUUCUCUUUUAUCAGCCACUUGGGUGUGUGAAUCCUCGGACACUUUGGAUUCAAUGAAUUGGCGAAUGGUUGACUGCACAAGGUCGUCUGGAUAGCGCAGUCGGGAGAAGAUCUCUUUAAGGCGUUCACAUUCCUUGUGAAAAAACGUCCACGUAGACGAGAGUUUAAACGCACGGUUAAGCAUGGUGUUCAGGAGUGACCGUUUGUAUCUGGCGUCAACGUGACUGUGGUAGUGUAGCAGAAGUCCAGUGUCCGUUGGUUUUCUGUAAACCGUGGUGUCUAGGCGGCAACCAUUCCUGAUAACAUUCAUUCCGAGAAAGGGAAGCUUGCCAUUUUCUUCGAGCUCCAUUGUAAAAUUGAUAGAGGGAUGACUCUCGUUUAAUGUCGUCAGGAAUUCUGAGGCUGCUGUCAGAUCCGGCAUUACGCUAAGUGUAUCAUCUACAUAGCGCUUGUAGAAGGUAGGCAACUUGUUCUCUGUUUCCAGCUGUUUCUCGAUUUUGCACAUGAAGGCGUUUGCCAUUAGGGGACCUAGUGGCGAGCCCAUGGCUACACCGUCCACUUGCUCAUACAAGUUCCCUUCAAACUGGAAGAGCUGAUUUUUGGUGGCGAUUCUCAACAGCUCUAUCAAAUCAAACUUCGUGAUGUAAAGAUCGUGCUCUCUGUUAAACCAGUCGUUUUCAAAGGCUCUCUCUGCGAUACUCUCGAUAGUUUCAUCCACUGGAACAUUAGUGAACAGUGGCGAUACAUCAUAGGACACCAGAACCUCAUGCUAUGUAGAUGAUACACUUUUCGUAAUGCCGGAUCUGACAGCAGCCUCAGAAUUCCUGACGACAUUAAAUUCAUUGAAUCCAAAGUGUCCGAGGAUUCACGCACCCAAGUGGCUGAUAAAAGAGAAGCCCCGAACAGAAUCGUGUUGCCCUUCAAAGACCAGAAAUCAGCAAACGUAGUACGUAAAUAGCUGGCUGACCUGAGUAGGAAGAUCAACGCAGACAUCAGCCCAGUUUACACAAGUAGGAAGAUCAAAGAUGAAAUUAAGGUCAAGGAAGACAAGCCGCCUCUUGUGAGUCAACAAUGCGUGGUGUAUUCUUUCCAGUGUAGCCUGUGUGAUGCAGGCUAUGUCGGCUACACGUGCCGACAUCUACACGAACGAAUUGAAGAACACAAAGGAUCGGCAAUCGCAAACCACCUCAGAGAGCAGCAUGAUAUGGAGCCUGAAGACAUCGCACAAAGUUUUAGAAUCUUAAGAAAGUGUUAGAACAAAUUUGACUGCCUUAUUUUUGAAAUGUUUUUUUAUCCAAGAACUGAAACCGACGCUUAACAAACAGUGCGAUUCAAUUCGCGCCAAAUUAUUUGCUCAGAGUAGUUCUUGUUAACAUUGUUCUAUUUCCAUUGUUUUUUGACUUUAUAAAUAUUUUUAGCACUUUUUACAUUUUUACAUAUUUUAUCACAUUUUAGCGUUCACCACAUUUUUUAUCUAUUAUAACUUGUUUUUAACUUAUUUAUGCUAAUUUAGAGAACUUUUAUACACUUGAAAAUGACCUCGGAGAGGUCGAAACGUCGUGAUUUUUUAUCGCUAAUAUUUAUCUCAAAAUCGAUUUCUAAGAAACUACUUAUUAAUAUUUAACUUCUGUGAUUUAAUUACAUUUCUAGACAGAGAUUAAAGCCCAUCAGCUCUCUUUUGUCUUGUACCUAGGUCAAGUUUCAAUCAGUUUAAGUGGGAAAAAGUACCUUCAGAAAUAAUUCCUGAAGAUACUUUUACAUUUGUGUACUUUAACCCAUUCGCUCCUGGAGAUUUUGCCGAAAAACGCGUUUUGAAGUUAGUCGAGUGGUUUUCUGGUCACUGUCGUGCUAUAAAGAGCUAAAACUUACCACAAACCGGUUUACAGGUCGAACACUUCGCGGCCUUCUGAUCCAGAUGCAAAAUAUCAGCUUGCGAAGUUCGGGCAUGCGCAGAAAGCAAAAUUUCAAUGUCACGUGGUUUUUUGCUUCUUUCUCCCGUUCCUUGACUGAAUUGUGCUCAUUCUGGUAUGGUUUGAAAGAUCUCUUCACUCUGCACAAGUUAGCGAAGAAAGUUGUCCUUGACCGUUAAAACUGAUGACGUCACAAAGGGUAGAAAGGACCUGGAUCCGCACGGGCGGUUACGGGCGGUUCAGGGGCGAAUGGGUUAAAAAAAUCUGAACUUGUAAAGACCUAGCUACUUACGUAUUAACGUACAGCAAUACACAGAAGAUGUGAUGAAGUUAUUUGUAUGUUUUGUAGUGUUGUUAUCUAUGGAGAGGCUGAUCAAUGAUACUGCUGCUUACUGUGCACAAAGAAAAGCAUUUGGUAAAUCCAUUUUAGAUAACCAGUAUGUCCACUUCCGCCUUGCUGAACUUCAAACUGAAGUAGAGCUGUUAAGGUCACUUGUAUACAGAACUACAGGUGGGUGUCCUGUGCCUACAAUGUUCCUCUCCUCCACUGUCAAAAUCUAAGAUGGCAACCACUCAUGUCUUUUCUCUUCACUUAUUUACUACUUUAAGUUAUAAGACUCCUAUCAUGUAUUUUCAGUCAGAACAGUGUAGGGAAUACUGAGAAAUCACCAGGGGGAAGGGUAGGGGAUCAAUGAGCACCCAUCAUCAUCUCCCCUAGUGGUAGACUUUGCAGGCAAUUUUGGUGUCACAUAGGUGUUUACAUUUAUUUACAUUUGCCACAUAAAAUAAAUAUUAUAGAAAGAAAAUUAAAAAAAAUAUAUAUUAUUACUAAGAUUACACUUUUGUAAUAGAUAGAGUGGUGAGGAAGCCCAAUAGAAGCUAAAUAGCUUGUAGAAAAUUGGGCUCCUCAUACUUAAUUAUGAUAUAGUGUCAGCUGUCAUAUCAUGGUCAGGUGAGUUUAAUUUAUAGCGCUCUUUUAAUUUAUAGCGCUCUCUUUUUUAAAUGAAGUCUUGAAACUAGAGAAACUGGUCAGUUGCAUAAGAUUAUAGGGAGGGGAGUUCCAUAGUUUAGGUCCUUGAUGGAGUAAUGUGAACUGUUUAAUGUUUGGUCUACAGAAAUAAGGUCGGUAGUUAUUAGCAUUUCGAGUAUUACAUGUAUAUGUGUGUACUUGGCGAUUAGUAACAAAGGUGGUGUUAAACGCAUGAGGAAGGAGGUUAUUGUGAUAUGAGUACAUUCAAUAAGGAAAGCUAACACUUGUACCCAUAAAGAUAUCAAAGGGGUUUUACAUAAAAAAAUAAAAAUUAUCUGAGUAAAAAUAAACAAGACCAUCACACCUUUAGGGGUCAAAAAAAGCCGGAGCCACGCCCAGAAUGGUUUCGUUUAGGGGUUUGAAUCCAAUUUUAUGAGGAGCAUGGCCAUCUAUUUUAUCUAGGCAUUUCCCCCCGGGGUGCUCACGUGCCAGAAUAACAUUCCUACACCGCAGGUUGCUGAAGAAAAUGACCCCUUCAACUAAGAAAUCAAUCUCGUUCCCAGGAUCUUCUCCUAUGCGUCCGCGGAGCAAGAGAGGCAUGAGUAGGAAAGACCCAUGGGUAGGAGGUUGCUAAAAAAUAACUGGUGUUACAUUUUUCUGGCAGCUUUGUACUUGGAAGGCAAAGAUGUAAACAAACUAGCGUCAAUGCUGAAGCUUAAAGCUGGGCGGUUGGUGCGUGAGGUGCCUGAUUCAUGUCUGCAGUUCUGGGGUGGAAUGGGUUUUACUUCAGAUGUGGAAGUGAGUCGUGCCUACAGAGACAAUCGCCUACUCUCCAUUGGUGGAGGAGCAGAUGAGGUCAUGUUGUCAAUCAUUUGCAAAUACAUGGGAACAUUUCCUAAAGACCAAACAUUAUUUUAGCAAAUCAAAGCGGGUGCCAGCGAUUUUGGUCUGAAUAAAGGGCAGCCUUUUAGCGGAUGCAUACACGCAUUCGUCUACAACUUUAUUUUAGCUCAUAUUUUUAGUGAAGCAUACAUGCUAACGCCUUCAGGCCGGCGAACUUAAGAAAAAGAUUUAUGCAAGGUAUUGCCAAACUGAGGACAUUUAAAAAGAGAAUAUAUUGUAAAUAAUUCACGCUUUCACCAUUUCUGUAUUCCCAGACCUAAGUCGAUUGCAGUUCUGCCCUGACUGCUUAAUUCAGAGGUCCAUGUUAUGAAGUCGUAAUUGCUACCUUUUGUAACUCCCUCUGCCUUAGAAUUACGUUUGCUAACUAUGGUUACACCGAGGUAUGUAGCUCAGUCGGGAUGUAGCUAUGAACAUCAUGAGAUAUGGACAAAUCUAGAGAUUACUUCAAUGAAUUGAAAACACGUUAGUAUUGAAAAAAAUUGUUCAUUCUUUCCUUCAUUUUUAUCUCUUUGUCAGUCCCUACGGACCUGUGAACUCACGAUUUGGGCUUUUAAUCCAAGGUCUCACGAUUUAGCCUCGAAAUCUCACGGUGAGAAAGAAUGGCUUAAAUUGCCAAACAGUAAUGUUCAAUAUUGGGUUCCCGACAAAACAGAACAGAUGUCGCGACGAUUGCUUUUGAUGAAACGACGAUCUAAUGAGAAAUUAAACCGGAGAUCGCAUGGCCAUUUUGAUAAAGUUUAACAACGUUUCAAGUUAUUCGUGCGAUGAUGGCAAAGAAAUCUGCCAAAAAGUCCUCUGCACGUUCAAAGUUUUUAGUUUUGCUUAUUUAACCCGUUGCUGUUUUUAUUUUCUUGUUUCUGUCAUCUUCGUGGUUGCCUGGGGACGCUAGCAGCGCUAUCACGCAAAACAAUUCUUGAUAUUCGACGAUUUUGGCUAAAAAACCGAAGAUUUGAUAGAAAACGCGCGACGAAAACGAUGUCUGCAGUUACCCAUACAGAGGCUCAACAAUUCCGGUUGGAAUGUAGUAAUAUCAGUAACAAAAUAAAUCAGUAUUUAUAAUGGCUAAAUAGUGUCAAAUGUAAUUACUGAGGGAAACAUGGACCAAAGAUAGGUUCAAUUCUAACCUCAUUUCCGUG